AUGAGCUCACUCGGCGUCAUUGACAAGCUCACUGCGAUCCCCGGUGUCCCGUUUCCCGAAUACUACGAGUUCUUUAUGGAUUGGAAGACACCUGUUGCUAUCGCCUCCACCUAUGCUGUCGCCAUCCAUCUGCUCAAUCCAAAGGACGGCAAGCUGUCCCGUGUCGAGGCAAAGAACCGCGGUGUGUCCAAUGCAUCGUCGUCGAGCAAGUUCAUGACCGCUUUCGUCUUUUUGCAUAAUUUUGCCCUUGCUGUCUACUCAAUGAUCACCUUUUACAACAUGGCCAGCGGUAUGAAGCGAGCAUGGUUCCAGCGAGAUGUGGAUACGCAUUAUGCUUACUGCGAUACGGAUGAGUUCUUGUGGGAUGAAUCAUUGGGCUACUGGGGCUACUUGUUUUACCUGUCCAAGUACUACGAGGUCAUCGAUACUGCCAUUAUCCUGCUCAAGGGCCGUCGCUCGUCCUUGUUGCAGACCUACCAUCACUCCGGCGCCAUGUUGACCAUGUGGGCCGGUAUCCGCUACAAGGCCACUCCCAUCUGGAUCUUUGUCUUGUUCAAUUCCUUCGUCCACUCCGUCAUGUACUGCUACUACGCCGCUACCUCCAUUGGCCUGCAUCCCCCCGGAAAGCGCUACUUGACCUCGAUCCAGAUCUCCCAGUUCUUGGUCGGCAUGUCCCUGGCUAUCAGCUAUCUGUUCGUUCCUGACUGUGUGGUUUCUCCCGGUCAGCGUUUCGCCGUCUUUGUCAACGUCGGCUAUCUUUUGCCUCUCACCUACCUCUUUGUCGACUUUGCUCGCCGUACUUAUGGAAAGCGCAUUGCUGCCAGCCUCAAGAAGUCCAACUAA